GAGAUAGACAAUGUUGUUCACUUUACCUCCAUUCUGUGUACUGAUCUCUUGCUGUAAGCUUCCUUUAAUAGCAGGGGCGGACUUACAACUCAUGGGGCCCCUGGGCAAUAGGGGAUCAUGGGGCCCCUGUGUCCUUGCCCAAACUCAAAACAGCCUAUGAAAAAGGUACCAAGGGCAUCUCAUGGGGCCCCCUACUGACCCCGGGCCCUCGGGCAGUGCCUGAGUUUCCAAAUGGUCAGUCCGCCCCUG